CUUCGUCCUGAUGCCAGUUCUCUCUAGUCGAGGAUCAUCUAGCUCGUGGGUGCGCGCAACUAUUCGUAUAUCCGACUAGUCACUUCGAAUUUCGAGUCGCGUGUCUCUCGCGUGAUUUCGAGGAUACGAGGUGUCUGUGAUUUAAUCCCAAAAUUGUCCAGCCGAGCAUUCGCGAGUUAGAAGGCCAUCCCAGUCCAACAUGUUGGCGAUUAAGAUUAUAUCAAAGUGCGUGCUGCUGUUGUUAGUCUGCAGUGCAAUUCAUGCCAAUGAGGACGGCGGAUUCCUUGAACGAGGAUACCGUGCGCUUUAUCGUGUCUACGAGGAGUGCGAGCAUCGCAAUAUGGCCGUGUCGCCGUGUUUGAAGAAGAAGGCGAUCGCCUUCUUCGAGAGACUCGGUCGUAUACAGACUUUACCGAUCAGCGAUAAUCUCGAGCUGGUCAAAGUCGCUUCUGCGACGGAUGAUAGCUCGAAAAACACGGUUCUCGAUAUGGAGAAGACUUUGGCUAGAACUAACGGAGGGGCCAUGGACGAAAUGCUCAACGAUAUCCUGUUCGAGCGCGUAGCCGCGCUAAUGAACAGUUUCAACGUGCAGAUCAGCUUACCAAAGACAAGUUCUGGCGAAUUGAAACGAAGUAUUGAGGAAGGUCGUGGGAAAAUGAAGAAGAUGAUGGGCAUGAUGAUGAUGGGAAUGGCGAUGAAACUCGCCGCGUUAAUUCCCAUUGCUAUGGGCGUGCUUUUCCUGCUGGCAGGUAAAGCUCUGAUCAUCAGCAAGAUCGCUUUAGUUCUGUCGUUGAUCAUCGGCUUGAAGAAACUACUAAGCCAAAAGCAGGGUCACGAUCACGGCGGCUGGCAGCAAGGCGGAGGUGGAUGGGACAGAAGUCUGAAGGGAGUCGUAGACGCACCUGUGUCAUCAAUGACGGAAGCCGAUCGCGAAUACGCUCAGACUUUAGCUUACAACGCGCGGCAGAAGCAUUAAACAAUCCGCAGCAGGAAGAUACAAUGGGAAAUCUUCAGGUAUUGGGAGGAAGCAACGCCUGUAUCCAAAGGAGCAGAUAUUAUGCGAUUUCAAAGACAGUUCGGGACAUCGAAAUAGAUUCGCUAUUUAUGUUUUAAAAUAAAUUUUAUAAAACAUCGUAUUUAUAUAUAUGCAUACUGCAUAGAUUAUGACAAAAAGAAGAGAGUGUAUAGAUGGAAUAUAUCAGUGAUGUUAUUGUUAAAAUAAGGAAAAAAAUAUGAACGAAAAUAAAGAAGAUGCAAAAACUUGAAAAAAAUUAAAAGUAGGAAUAAAGAUUCAAUUGAGCGAGCUGUCUUAUUUGUGUAAAUUUUUACAAGUCUGAUCGCUUUUUGAAUGAUCAUCGAUAUGAUAAUAAUCGCAUCGUAAUUUCAUCUAAAUUAAUUAUAAAUAACGUAAAUAUUUAAUGCGAUAAUACAAUAUAUAUAGUAAAUUGUUUUAUUAUUAUAUACAUUUGGAGCGAAAAGGAAGUUACCGCAAAGAAGCUAUUUUGACAAUUUUCUGUAAAGCGAGAAAAAUGCUCAAGCUGUAAAAAUGUAUAGCUGGAAUGUAAAUAACUGUCAAAAAAAUAUAAAACAAAAAAGUGAUAAUGACAAGUAUUUCCAUUUGAACUGUCAAUUAUCCCAGUAAACAAUCUAACGAAAUGUGAUAGCGAGAGAGUAAUUUUCACUCACGAAAACUUCUAAUGGUGCCUGUUUGAAGUUUUUGUCGACAAUCAAAACGCGAUCAAUCACGAGGUUAAAUGAAAAGAUGACAGACUUUAGUCUUUGAUUAGCCGAAUUUGUAGUCGUUUCUCAGUACACUUGCGAUAUUUAUAUUUAUUUAUUUAGUACCUCACCAAGGUAGGCAGAAAGUAUAUAUUUAUUAUAGAUUUAUAAAAUAACCUUAGAGAGAGUUUGGAACGUGUAGCUUGCGACAAAUACUUACAUCUGUAUCAAUAUUUACGUUACUAAAAUCUUGUGUUCAGUAGAGUAAGCGUAACGAUUAAAAUACUUGAGUGUUAAAAUGUAGUGAAUAAGAAAUACUA